CAGCUCCAGCCCCACUGGUGCAGGGAAGAGGCUCCUCAUGAAGCCUGUUUAGCCCUGUUCAUUGGGCAAGUCCCCUACAAAGGGGGCUGGGGCGGGUCCCUCACCUCCCCCUUGCUGGGCUGCUCACCUCUCCCAGCCCUGACUAUCCGGCAAAUCGGCGCAAACCAGGCACCUGCUGCACUGACAGACGCCAGGUCUCUCCCCGCCCAGCCAGCCUCCGGACGCUGCCUGCAGCCCCUGCUCACGUCACGAUUACCCAGGGUGUGAACCCAGGGCUGUUGCACCCCGAGGGCUCCGCUGGGGCAGGGAGAGGGGCCAUCGCUGCCAGGGGCUGGCCACUGAGCGAGAGACAGGCCUGUGAGCGGUAGCAGAGCUCGUCUCCAGCCCCGUUAGCUGCAUUUCGGGUGGUGCCCCCCGUCAGGAAGGGGAGGCGUGGGGGGGAGGGGCGCUUUCCGGGAGCUCAGGAAGCAGAGACCAGCCAACACUUUGUGGCUCCUCUCCGGCUCUGUGGUCUGGGCUCGCGGGUCCCAGGCUCGGCUGAGCACCUGACCCGGCCAUGUGUGGGCUGACCAGGCGCCUCCCUUUCCAGUGCGUCCUGUCCGGCUCCUGGAAGAGCAGCCUGGGCUGCAAGAUGAUCAUCUCUGGGCUCAGCGAGACUGGGGAGUUCUCAGGCUCCUACCUCCCUGCCACCAUGGCCCCCAGGGCGGGCGUCUUGCUCUCGCCCCUGCACGGAGUCCAGCACGACGCCAACCGGCAAGAGCAGCCCACCUUCGGCUUCACUGUGAAGUGCAGGCGGUGCCUGGGAACCUGCCCCCCGGGCAGCACUGCUCCAGGGGCAGGGGGUGCUCCUGUCGUGCCUGGGGCGCAGAAGAGCCGUCGCCGCCACACAGCACCCUGCACCCCGGGAUCCCUGGGGCCACACGGCGUGUCCCUCCCUCUGACUCCUGCCUGCUCCCUCGCAGACUCCACCACCGUCUUCGUGGGCCAGUGCUUCGCGGAUGCUCAUGGGAAGGAGACUCUGAAGACCGUGUGGCUGCUGCGUGAGGAGGUCGGGGCCCCAGGAGCCAGCUGGAGAGCCACCAGGUGGGUGCUGGGCACACCUGGCCGGGUGCUGCCUGCGGAGCGGGACGGCAGGGCCUGGCCCCGUCACUGCUCAGGGCUGUGUCCUGGCUGGGAUCCCGACCCCGGCUCCGAGCUGGGCCACUGCUGGGGGUACGGGACCCCCGAGUGGGAUGGGGCAGGGCCGGGCCGGGCUCCCAGCCCAGACUCACCAGCAUCUGGAAGAUAAUAAGGUGACAGGUGACAGCCAGCAUGGAUUGGUAAAGAACAAAUCACGUCAAACCAACCUGAUCGCUUCUUCGAUAGGAUAACGAGUCCCAGGAGGUUUACCUGGGUGGUCGACAAAUACCUUUGAUGUCGCCACCCGCGCGUCCAGACCA